AUGAUUUUUUCAAUAGUUGGAGCUAUCUCCUUUUUUUUAUUUUUAUUUUUUAUCUCAAAAUACUACACCAAUACCAACAAUAACUCACCACAAUCACCACAAUCACCACAAUCACCACAAUCAUCACAACCACCACAACCACAUCAACCACCACAACCACCACAAUCACCACAAUCACCACAACCAAAAUGUACUGCAUCAAUCCCCAAUUAUAGAAAACUAUUUCAAGAUAUGGAUGCUUACGAAAAACAACAACAACAAGAAGAAGAACAACAACAACCACAAUCUCCACAACCACAACCAAAAAGCAAUGCAUCAAUCCCUAAUUAUAGAAAACUAUUUCAAGAUAUGGAUGCAUAUGAAAACCUACAACAACAAGAACAACAACCACCAUAUUCACAUUCAAAUGCACAAUCAAACAGCUACCCAGAUUUAAAUAAAGCCAAUUCUCGUUAUACUACUGGUAGUCUUCCAUCAAAAUAUCAACCACAACAACCACAACAACCACAAUAUUCUCAUUCAACCACACAAACAAACAACUAUCCUAAUUUUAAUAGAAGCCAAUCACGUUAUACUACAGGUAGUGUUCCAUCAACCAGCCAAAAACAGCACGAUCAACCACACAUAAAUCCAAACCCACAACCACAACAUAAACCAUCAAGUGCACAUUCUUUUAACUACCCAACAUUUAAUAGGGAACAAUCACGUUAUAGUGCUGCUGGUAAUUCUACAUCCACCGAUUCACCACAACAAUGCCCACAACAACCACAACAACCAUUUAAACCAUCAAGGGCAGAAUCGAAUUACCCAGCAUUUAAUAGUGCACACUCACGUUUCAAUACAACAGACGGACCAAAACCAGUAAAUACUCCAUCAACCAACCAACAGCAAAAAGCACACAGAUCAGAAUAUCCAUCAGUCAAUAAAGAACAAUCCCGUUACAAGUGUGCAAGUUCAACAACAAAUACUCCAGCUUUCAAUUCUGCAAAUAAAGAAAAAUUAGAAAGAGAAAAAGCAGAAAAAGAACGUAUUGAAAUAGAAAGAUUGGAAAAAGAAAAGAUGGAAAAAGAAAAGUUGGAAAAGGAAAGAAUAGAAAGAGUCCGUGUAGAAAAGGAACGUGUAGAAAAAGAAAGAUUAGAGAAAGAAAGAUUAGAGAAAGAAAGAUUAGAGAAAGAAAUAAUAGAAAAAGAAAAAAUAGAAAGGGAGCGUUUAGAAAAAGAAGAGGUUAACGAAUGUUGUAUUUGUUAUACCAAAUUAAACUCCGAGAAUUCCACCUCGAUAGAUUGCUCCCAUAAAUUUUGCUACGGAUGCAUCAGUAAAUGGUACAAAAUAGAAAGGACAUGCCCAUUGUGUAGAAAAAUAUUCUAUUAUAUUCAAAGAGAGGGCCGUUGUCCAAUAGAUGUUGAAUUAGAUAGAAUUCUUCAAAAAUAUAGUUCUGAAAAUAAUUCCGAAGAAGAGUCCAAUGAAGAGUCCAAAGAAGAGUCUGAUGAUGAUGAUGAUCAUUCCGUUUAUGAGUCAGAUUUCGAUCCAGAAGAUCACUCCGUUUAUGAAUCAGAUUUCGAUUCCAAUAAUCAUAUCAAUCAUGAUUUAUCUUCUGGUAGCAAUGAAGAACUAGACUCUAUGGAUCUCGAUUAA